AUGGCGCUCUUCCCCGAUGCACGCUGCGUGCUACCCGCUCGAUAUAGCGAGCCGGUUCCAUUUGGUCCCUCCGUAUGGGAGACCAUCGUGGGCUCUGCGCCGCCUGCAGACACAUUGGGCGCCGUGUCCAAAGUCUCGGUACCGGCCCGAGCACCAGAAACCCGUGCACAAUAUGAAGCCUGUCGAGACAGCUGGCCUUGCACGUUCCGCGAAAACAAGAGCAUUGGCCGUGCCCUCGAUCUACCCAACGUCCUCACCCCCAGCACACGGCAGCCCAGCUGCGGCAGCCAUACGCUGGGACUCACACCGCGUCGUUGCCACGGCGCUCCCAAACGCAAGCCAUCCUUUACAGCAUGCCGGUGUGCUAUGGCGCUGGUGCACUCGCGAGUGCAGCGCGCCGUCUUCCAAUGGCCCAACGCUACCGGUAGCUUUGCUAGCCACUUUAUGAUGCACGCCCACCCAGGUCUUAAUCACCGCUUUGAUGUCUACGAACUUGGCACCUGCGCAUAA